AGACAGCUGAGUUCCUACGUUUCAAUAAGCUGGAGAGAUACAUAGUAAUUCACAUUUUUCAAAUUGUUAUUCAAAUUAGUUAGAGCCAUGUAAAACGUUGGACUGGUUGUUACUUUGCUUUCAUCUUUGAAACAGUCCUUUCAGUAGAUCUGAUAUUACCACACCUCCACUGACUUGCUUCCGAUAGCUGCAUGUAAAAUGAUGGUUGAGUAGCCUGUGCUUCAGUUUAUAACGCAAAGAUUGUGUUAUGACGUGGUAGUUGCUAGGAAGCUGCAGCCAUAAGAAGUUUGCGCCAGCUGAACACGAGUGUUUAAAAUGAGUCGUAAGAUGAAUGGGUGUACAGUAACCAAUGGCUACAAUUUAGAAAACGGUCCUUGUCUUCCAUCGAAAAAUGGUUUCGGUUGCAACAAUGAUCAUUCUGCAUCAUGUAAUUGCUACAAGCGCACCAGAUACAUGGACAUUGAUUGUCAGAGCUACACGUAUGAGGACAUAAGAGAGACUUCAGGAUUUCUGCUGCAGAAAACAAAAUACAGACCUGAGAUUGGCAUCAUCUGUGGCUCAGGACUUGGUUCAUUGGCAGAAUCACUUACAGAGAAACAGUACAUCCCAUACAAAGAAGUUCCACAUUUCCCAGUAUCAACAGUGAAAGGCCAUGUGGGUCAGCUCGUAUUUGGUAUGCUCCAGGGAGUGCCUAUCAUGUGCAUGCAGGGGCGUUUUCAUUAUUACGAGGGAUAUCCUAUCUGCAAGUGCGCAAUGCCCGUCCGUGUGAUGAAGAUGAUUGGAGUAAAUUAUCUGAUAGCAACAAAUGCUGCUGGUGGCCUUAAUGAAAGUUAUAAUGUUGGUGACAUAGUGGUUAUCAAGGAUCAUGUAAACUUCAUGGGUUUUGCAGGAGUCAACCCUCUGAGAGGUCCAAAUGAUGAGAGAUUUGGUCCAAGAUUCCCAGCAGUGAGCAAAGCUUACAAUGCUGAAUUGAGAGCAGCAGCCUUAAAAAUUGGCAAGGAGAUGGGCAUUCAGAACUCACUGCAUGAAGGAGUUUACACGUGUCUUGGUGGACCCAACUUUGAGACCAUAGCAGAACUUGCUGCAAUGAAAGUUCUUGGAAUUGAUGCGGUUGGUAUGAGCACUGUCCAUGAGGUUAUUGUGGCUUGUCACAGUGGCAUAACUGUGUUCGCAUUUAGCCUCAUCACCAACAAAUGUUUGACCACAUAUGAUGACGAUGAUGUUGCAAACCAUGAGGAAGUGAUGGAAACUGCCAAAAACAAGGAGGAUGUUCUGAAAGAGUUUGUCUCCCGCAUGGUCCAACACAUUCAGAAAAUAGGAGGGAAAUAAGAAAUUUAAUUUUAUUCCAGAAGAUC